UCUGUUCUUAAUAAAACAGUAAAAUCACCUUGUAAACACAGUUACUUCUUUGUUACAGAAAUGACAAACAAACCUGUUGUUCCACAAAAUUCGCAGACACCAACAGAUGAUACAGUUGAACGAUUUGAUCCACAGUCGAUAAGCUUACGAGCCCAGAAGAAGCUAGUCGGGAGUUUACCGAAAGGAAUCAUUAAAUUAUUUCUUGACGAAUCAUCGGCUCGUCUGUUUGAAAAUAUAUUUAGUCUGAUCAAGCAAUACACAGGAUCUAGCAAACUGGCUGCUUAUUUAACGAAACAAGCGAUUAAAUUAAACGUUAAAGCUCUAAUCUUGAUAUCCAAUAACAUUUUAUCAGAUGAAGAACUGAAUCAUGCCUACGAAUUCCAUGAGAAAUGUCAUCAAGUAGCUGAGAUCAGCCUCCGGUUAGGUCGACCAAAACGGCGCUUAUUGCCGGGCGUUGAGCCUUCAAUCGAUAAACUGAUUCAAAUGAUGAAAGAAGCGAAUCAGACAUUAGUAGAUGCUGUAAAACAACACAUUAGUCAGGCUUCACAGGAUAAAUUCAAGGAAUUUUCUGACUUUUUUUGUCAGCGUGAAUUUGUUGUUGAAGUGUUCACAAAUAAAAACAAAUAUGCAGCCCAUAUGGAGAAAAUUUACGACGACCUUGAAGAUAUGAUGGAUCGAGGUUUAUUUUAAUGUUAGAAACAAGAAAUAAACAAUAACUGUUUUCAAAAAAAAAACAGACAGAAACAUUAUAAUUUCUACCUGAAACAAGAUGACAAUCAUAAAUAUGUUUCAAAUGCUGCUGUGGGGCUCAAUCAUAUGUAAACUCGCAUAUACAAAAUUAAGUCGUUAUUAUUAUGAAUGUAUUUUUAAGUAAAUUGUCAUUUUAUGCUUGAAAGAUAUUUUAAUUAUAACCUAGCAUAACUACAAUCAGUGUUUACCUUAUUUCUAUUAGACUCCUCCCUAAGGUGAAUGAACUAAUUGGAGGUGUCAUACGU